CGGCGGUGACGGCCUCCCCCUUGAGAAGAUGCCUCUCGCCAAGGAUCUCCUUCACCCCUCUCCGGAGGAGGAGAAGCGGAAGCACAAGAAGAAGCGGCUGGUGCAGAGCCCCAACUCCUACUUCAUGGACGUCAAAUGCCCAGGAUGCUAUAAGAUCACCACCGUCUUCAGCCAUGCACAGACGGUAGUUUUGUGUGUGGGCUGCUCUACUGUCCUCUGCCAGCCUACAGGAGGAAAAGCAAGGCUUACAGAAGGGUGCUCCUUCAGACGGAAGCAGCACUAAACUCCC